UUCUCUUUCUUUGUGAUUUCUGCUAGAAAUCUUGUUGGCGUGUUACUGUCAUUAUUGUGGAAAUUUUAUUAAAUUGCUGCAAAAAAGGAAUAUUUAUUUUGCAAAAUGUACACUGGGGAGGACUAUACAAACGUGGAGUAUUAUGACGAAUACGCCCAUACUGGUGAUCCGCAAUUGGAUUUGGAGUAUGAACGCAGUAACUAUUAUCGCAUGCCUGAGAAUGUGAAAUAUUUUCUUCUCAAUUUCUGCCAAGCCAUCAAAGACGGUGUCUUGUUUGAUAUCCAGAAUAUGUACGAGAACACUUUCCCACAGAUCAGUGAUCAUCAUUUUGACAAAUCUGCUUGGCCCGAUGAGGUGGAAGUUGCCACUUUAGUGGAUAAUGACAAUCUCUUUUUGAUAUUGUAUAAGGAAUUGUAUUACCGUCACAUUCAUGCUCGCAUUCCUGGUGGACCCAAGUUGGAACAACGUAUCAAUUCAUUCUUCAACUAUUGUGAUUUCUUCAAUUUGAUUAUAUCGUCCCAAAGUCCAGUAUUGUUGGAAUUGCCUGAUAUUUGGUUAUGGGAAUUGGUUGACGAAUUUGUUUAUCAAUUUCAAAAUUUUGCUCAGUACAGAGCCCGUUUGACGGACAAAACCCAAGAGGAAAUUCACGAAUUAUGUGUUAAUCACAGUAAUGUGUGGAGUAUAUUGUGCAUCCUUAACGUUUUGCAUUCUUUGGUUGACAUCUCAAAUAUCAAGAAGCAAUUGGAAGCCAUCUCUCUAGGCAAUGACCCUCAGGCUGUAGCUGGAGAGUUUGGAGAGCUAUCCUUCUACAAAAUGUUGGGAUAUUUCUCAUUGGUUGGCUUGUUGCGUGUGCACUCAUUGUUGGGUGAUUAUUAUCAAGCCAUUAAAGUUUUAGAACCUAUUGAAAUUCACAAGAAAUCGCAAUAUUCCCAUAUACCUGCUUGUCAAAUUUCCACUUCGUACUAUGUUGGAUUUGCUUACAUGAUGAUGCGUCGGUAUGCCGAUGCCAUUCGAACAUUCUCGGAAAUCUUGUUGUACAUUCAACGUACGAAACAAUUAUACAGUACACGUUCUUAUCAAAAUGACCAAAUCAACAAACAAGCAGAGCAAAUGUAUCAUUUGUUGGCCAUUUGUUUGGUUUUGCAUCCACAAUGCAUCGACGAAUCCAUUCAGCAAGUUUUACGCGAGAAGAACUAUCACGAUGCCAUGUUCAAAAUGCAAUGUGGUGAUUUGGACGUUUUCAAAUCCUUCUUCUUAUUCGCUUGUCCACGUUUUGUUAGCCCAUGUCCUCCGGCUGCUGAUGCUCCCGUCGAAGAUUAUGUCAAGGAUCCCAUGGAACAUCAAUUGAUGGUUUUUAUGGAUGAGGUUAAACAACAAGCCGAUUUGCCAACAACCCGCUCCUACUUAAAACUUUAUACAACUUUGCCCUUGGCUAAACUCGCGUCCUUUAUUGAUCCCAAUGCAAGCGAAGAUGAUGUUUCGAAAUUGUUGAUUCGUCUGUUAUGCUUCAAGCACAAAAUGCGCAAUUUGGUAUGGUCCAAAGGUUCAAGUGGUUUGGAAGGCACAUUUAAAUCUGGCUCAGAGUUGGACUUCUAUAUCGAUGAUGAUAUGAUUCACAUAGCUGACACAAAGGUAUCCCAUCGUUAUGGUGAUUUCUUUGUAAGAAAAAUAUUGAAAUUCAAUGAACUCAACCGCAAAUUGAAAAAUAUUAAUAUGUAAUUUAUUUUUAUAUUAAUCAUUAAUCGACACAUUUUUUCUUAAGAAUCAUAAUGUAAACCAGGACUUUUUCCAAAGAUGAUAACAAGAGUAAUAAAAAUUAGGCAGAUUGCCCAGAAAAAGUCCCAAGUAAAA